UGGUCUUAUCAUGUUGCAUAUUCGACGAUAUACAACACGACAUUCAGUCUAUAUAUCCUACGCUACCCGAUAGCCUACCGGGCAUAUGGCAUUAUUUUUGAGAGCAAUGCUUUCUAGCCGCCCAACAACAAGCGCCGACAAACAUCUAUGGCAGACUGAAACACUUAUUACCUAUCGGCGCUUACCAGACAAAGCGACAGUGUUUGCGACAAAGUGCUGUGGACAUACUAGUCUUAUCGAUUUGUUUUUCUGGUAUUCGUUGAUCUCAGUUUGCGCCAUGUCACAAAGAACCGACCAAAAGAAAGUUGCAAGCUACCCGGCAAAGCAUCGUCAGUUUUGACAAGCCCCCCCUCCUCUCCCCUCAUUCUCUCAUCCAGUCCACUUUCUUCCCUGCAUAUUUGUCUUAUGCAAGUGCUCCCUUCUCCGCGCUGUGAGCAUGGUAGCACUGUAUGGCUGCUCUACGCCUGAUCCGGCCUUUUACGG